CGCAGCUGGGAAUAUGAGUGCGCGUGUCGAAGAGUGGAGGGGGUAAAAAUGGCUUUUAAGGGCUUGGCCCGGCCUCUCUGAGCACUGAGGACUGACCAUCCAUCACAUGUUCUGGGAGAAGUUGGCACAUCCGGACUUAAAAAGGACAGCAAAGCCACAAAAUAUAAACUAAAAUAAACCCAAGUAACACAGAGAUGGCAGAACCAGUGGAUGCAUGGAGUCCUGAGGGCUUAAAUGACAAUAUCUACAUCUCAAAAAGAAGCAUCAGGAAGGCCUUCAUCAGCAAGAGGCACUAUCUGCCUUGCAUCCCCUCAGAGGAAGAAAGCAACAGCCCUCUUGGAGGAGCAUGCAGCGACUUCAUACUGUCCAGUGAGCAGGAGCACACCAACUCGUCCAUGGCGGGCUGUCCCAACCUGCUGCUCUGCAUUAAGUCUGAGCCUGUCGAGUGUUAUCUGUCCGACAAGUUCUCGGAGCUCUCUCCAAGAGACGAGCCAGCGCUUGAGACGACCCCGUCUUUAACUCUGUGGUCUGGCGGCAUUGAUGUGGCAGUGUCCCAUGAGUCGAGUGACAAGCCCCGGGCUACGCGUCACCGCAAAGCAAAACAACGCAACAAUCGACGGGUGAAGACCCGCAGUCAGAGGUCAGAGGUCACAGAUGAACAGACUGAGGUCGGAGGUGAUAGAGAGAGUCCCCAAGCAGCUCGGGAGGACGAUGAUGAUGCCGCAUCGGAUGGACGCGUAGAAGAAGACAAAGGAAAGGAAGGACCAAAAGCUCAGCCAAAGGAAGUGUUCAAAGUGGACGACAAGGCCUGCCUUAUCUUCCCUGCCAUGAAGAAGCGGGGGGUGGAGGGGGACAUGGAGAACCGGCCCUACAAGUGCACACACUGCAACUGGGCCUUCACCAAGUCCAGUAACCUGGUGAGCCACAUCCGCACGCAUAGCGGCCUGAAGCCCCACGUGUGCGACCUGUGCGGGAAGGCCUACUCGCACCAGGGCACGCUGCAGCAGCACAAGCGCCUCCACACGGGCGAGAGGCCCUACCACUGCCCCUUCUGCGAGAAGACCUACAUCUGGUCGUCCGACUACCGCAAGCACAUACGCACUCACACCGGCGAGAAGCCGUACAUCUGCAACACCUGCGGCAAGGACUUUGUCCGCUCGUCGGAUCUGCGUAAGCACGAGCGCAACAUGCACGCCAACAACAAGCCCUACCCGUGCGGCAAGUGCGGCAAGACCUUCAACAAGCCACUGUCACUGCUGCGGCACGAGCGCACGCACCUGGGCAAGCGGCCCUUCAUCUGUCCAGAGUGCGGCAAAGCCUUUGCCAUGUCCAGCCGCAUGAUGGAGCACCGCAAGGUGCACACCGGCGUCCGGCCUUACGUCUGCUACGUCUGCAGCAAGGCCUUCACCAAGUCCUCCAACCUGGUUGAGCACCAGUCUAUCCACAGCGGCUUCCGACCACACAAGUGUGUUGAGUGCGGGGUGGCCUUCGCCAUGGCCUCGCGGCUGGUCCGACACCAGCGGGUGCACACUGGGGAGUAGCCUGAAACCAGCCUUAAAAACAGCAACAAGUAUUCAAUUCAAACAGAAGGCAUUAUCGCAACGUGCCAGAGAGUCGUACCAUCGUACCGUACUCACACAGAAAAUGCCUAACCCUGCCACUGCUGCUGAAAAUAAGGGAUUUUUGGACAUGAUUGACUUUUGACGUUUCUCAAUCACAAUGUUAAAAAUGUCCUGCCAGUUUUCAAUGGUCUCAGAUCUGCCACACUGAAAAAACUGACACGUCUUUGUCAUCUUGCAAAACACCUGGAAAUGUGGUUGUUUUUUUUAAAUCAACUUACUGCCAGUAUUCGAUCUUCCUACACUGCCGUCUUAGAAGACACGUGUUUUAUUCUCUAAUUACAGUGUUAUCUAUUUUUUUUUUUACUAGAUUGUAUGUCUACCUCCCUCUGACAAUAUUAGUAUGUCUAUCAUCUCUUACUACCUUCCUGAAUUUUGAUAUCUAGUACUGAUUUGCACUUUUCAGAUUUCUUCGUAAGAAAAAAAGAAUUGAAAUUGAUUGUAAUUUUUAUAAUUCCACUAGUAUUGUAAGAAUUAUUAUCAAAUCUGAAUAUAUUUGUUUUUAGGCCUUUGGUAAUGAGACUUUUUCACUAUGUACACAGAUUCUUUAAUGUCUGUAAUGACUGGAUUGCAAUACAGAGUCCUUCAAAGCAAGCCAGUUUGUUGAGAGAUUUUCCCCAUGUAAAUCCAAACACUCAGGAAUGCUUGCGGACCAACCGUCUUACCUACUGAGUCUAAUGCUGGUAAAAAUGUAUUCUAAGCACCUGCCUCAGUUGAACCCUUGCUUAGAGUGGCACAUUUUUUGUAUUACUGUGAGUGGACAAGAAUUGCGUGAAUAUUUUCUCGGCGUCAGAAUGCAGAAAGCUAUUUCAGUUGUCAGGAUGUUUUUUUUUUGUCCUUCUCUCAGAGUGUAGUCUUGUUAAAAGCUGUUACCAAGUAGUUUGACUAGUCUUAAUGUCUGCCAUAAUCUUCUCUGGACCUUAGUGUGUUUGGUGCUGUGAAGAAUGGUACAACUUUAACAGUCCAGAAUGAACAGGAAAAUACCAUAAUGCCUCUAUGAAUUACUUUACAUUUUGUCUAUUAUAUAGGGUCUUUAUUGUAUAAUCUUGAAAGUCAAAUCUGUAUUUUUGCUACAUAGGAAGAUGUUUGCGCUAUCUGCAAUGAUUGAUUUGUAUAAAUUAUACUGUUAUGUUGUGUCUUGUGGUUUUAGUGAACAGUCUGAAACCUGUGCAUAGAGUGGGAUUUUCUCAUAUUGAGCAUUUUUUGAGACUUGGAUUAAGAUGUACAUUAUGUCUUAGCAGAGAAACAUGCUAUUUGCACAUAAAAUGUACUUGUCCAUGCACUUGUAUGAAUGUUCAACCUGUAUGUGUGAUGCUCGGCAUAAUAUUUAUAGGCCAGUACUUAAAACGUACUUUUUGAUAUCCGGAGUUGUGAGGGAGAAAUAAAAACUGUCAGACUGCA